AUGUGCCACACCAUCAACACCUUGUUCUCCGAUUUCGGGGUCCACACCACGGUCUACGAGCUCGACGAGAUGCCACGUGGCAGGGAGAUCGAGCAGGCACUGGCUCGACAAGGUGUCGGGCUGUCGGCAAUGACUUCCCUGUGGUGUUCAUCGGAGGGAAGCUUGUGGGUGGUGUUCUCAACGGUUCCUUGUCUGUCAUGCUCAAACGAGCUGGUGCGUUGUGGCUGUGAUCAUAUCGAUGAUGAGAAUUGA